AGUGUAUAUGUAUGGACAAGCUGCUGCAUAACGUGUCGCAGUCUGGGUACCGUAACCCAAUAUUCACAUUCAGCGUUUUCAUCGUCGACUUUCCGUCUCAGCGGUGACUGUAGCUUUCUGCGCUCGUGAUUAUCUGAGGUCUACAGCAACGAAAUCCAUCGGCUCUCUGCAGCGGGCAGUGAUAUUUUAGUGAGAGAAGCGGGCCGCGGAAGUUGUGGAUGAUUUGCAUGGGGACAGACUCCGAGGAGACAGAACCCUGCCUCCAGUUUUGUCGGCGAAGCGAGAAGAGUUUCGUAGCGAUGGCGGUCGCUCUGGCUAGGACCAGAGACGCAGAGAAAGUGACGGCUAGCGACGUUGCUCUGAUAUUCUUCACGACGUUCCUCAUCGUAUGCACGUCGACUGUCAUAAAGCUGGGAUCGCGUAGGCUUCGAUCUUACUGGGCGCGGACGAGAGUCGUAGUGAUCGGUGCUGGUCCCGUGGGACUCACAGCCGCCCUCGUCGCUGCUAGGUCACCGUUCACAUCCAAGGUCGUUCUGUACGAGGAGUUAUCCCGCUGGGGCAUGAUACGCAGGGUACAGCAGAUCGCCCUGGAUUCACAGAGCGUGAAAUAUCUGCAAACGCUCGGCGUGGAUUUUGGAAAUAUGGAAGGAUGCUGGGGAAACGGCUGCUUCUUCACACGAAUCGGCAUUUUCCAGGAAUACCUUCUUAGUUUAGUCGAGAAAUUAAAAGAAAAGGUGGAAAUCAAAUUGAAAACGAAGUUUAGCGAGGAGUCGGUAAAGGAGCUCGUACAGACGCGGUGUCGCACCCUCGUACUCACCUGCGAUGGAAUCCAAGGAGAAUCGGCGCGGUUGCUGGGCCUACCCGACCAGUUCAUCCAGGAGCCGGGCCAUGCUUACGGGGCCGUCGCUCUCGUCGACAGACCAAGCCAGCAACAGGUGCCGACGGCGGAGAAGCGUGUGCAUCGUCUCGUCUUCGACCUGUCCGCCUACGGCAAAGACUUUGUGCCAAAGUCCCCGGAUGCCGAUGGCUUUCAUUUGAAACUGUUCGGUUCCUAUAGGAACCGAUACAUGUGCAUAGCCAUACAACGUAGCGACAGCAGUCUCGUGAAGAGCCUUAGAAUGGUCAUGGACCCAUCGAUAAUGCGUAACAUAUUCCAAGAGUCUUUCAACGUGUAUCGUACGAACGACGAGAGCAGGUUGACGGACUCGGCAGCACUGCAUCACAUGCGGUUCAGUCCUCGCCUGUUUGAAGUGCGACUCAGCUAUCGACGUGAAAGCGUCGCAUUCCUUGACGAACUAGACGCGUUCGUCGUCGCCGAAGGAGACACGAGUCGAUUUUUUAAUUUCAAUUCGGGCAUGGGCGUCAACCUUGGGCUGCGCGGCAUCGAAACGCUGGCAGAGUUCGUGAGCGUCGUCGCGCUGGCCGACACCCGCACGGCCGUCGUCGACGCGCUGCGGGAGAAAUCACAGCACGCACUUAGCGUGUCCAAGCACUACGCCGCGCACGGAAUGCAACAGUACAUGUUCAGCUAAUGGCUGACGACGUGGUGCACCGGCAACGAUCGGCGAGCGAGAGACGACACACUCCCCCCGUUGUACCCACACCAGCACAUCCGCAUGCACCUGCAAAUAACGAACACGCGCACGCACGAACAUAUAUAGCUGGGGUGAUUAAUGACAAAUGCGUCAAUUUGUCAUCAUUCACCCCUGAUAUAUAUAUGCUAUUCUACGCAGCUAAUGUAUAGGUGUGUGGCGCCGCGAGUUGGUGAGUUCUGCAGGCGCGUAACUAUAUCUACAUACCUCCAAGAGCUAAUAAUACUAAUGGUAUUAUUAGCUCUUGAUACCUCUAGUUACGAUCGCCUUAAUUGCAUUGGGGGUAAUUCAAUAAAAACUACACAGGUAACUUGAGCUACUAUCUCGACAGUCGAUCGUUGUUCGUGUUGUUCACUGAACAGCUAGCUAGCUAGCUAAUCAGCUGCCUACGCGACAGUGAGCGCGUAAUUGCCUGCGUACUCCUAUACCCACCAUUGAGAGCGUUUACUGUAUUCGCACAUAAUGGUGAGGGGAGCUCCCUGUCACGCUAAAACAUUUAUCAAACACUAUCAACUUACACACAUACACUCAUUCCUACCACAGGCACUUGGAACGUCUCAAUAAAAAAAAUUAAUGGUAAAUAAACAAGAAAUGUAACAAAGUCUUAAUGUUUCUCUACUCUAUUUCGCGGCGCGGACGGGCGUUCGGUUUACUUGUAUAUUGCAUAUGAGCAUUAGACCGGCACUUACAGGUGAUUAUAGGCGAAAUAGAGUAGAGAAACAUUAAGACUUUGUUACAUUUCGUGUUUAUUUACCAUUAAUUUUCGCAUACUCGCGCACGUAUACACAAACAAGCACGUUUAUACGUGUAGACGUAUCUGUACUGAAUCGGGCACUGUCAUGCACGCACACACGUUAUCUCGAGUUGUGAAUCCCUAAUAAAAACACAUAAAUGAUAAAAGAUAUGGAAGCUACCAGCUGUACUGCUACUGUGACCUUGGGUAUUCAACUAAAUAGCACACAUGCACGCACGCACGCACGCACGCACGCACGCACGCAGGCACGCGCACCAACACAAUUUGCGUACACACAGAUAAGGCCGCAGUAGCUUCAGCGUAUAUCAUGAGAAUAAGAUAUACAAACACAUUAUCAGGGGCACAUCAAACAUAUCAAUCAACUGUUCUCCUGUUACAACAUCAGGAGUACAUGAAUAGAGACAACGAAUCUAUUAUAUGCUCCUGAUCAAGAGGUAUUAUUAGCUCUUGUCCUGAUAUAUAUACACGCGCGCGCGCGCACG